AAAACAACUCGACGCUAUAAGUGAUGAUCAUGUCCUUAACUGUAAACAGAUUAGAUAAAGUUGUUUCACUUAAAUCCAAAAGUGAAAGUAGAAUCAAGGAUAUAAAAGGAGUUGGCUGCUGUUCAGCUCUCAGACAGAACUGCUGCUCUACAGAGUCACUGCACUACAGAACUUCUUUCAAGCCUGAUCCAUUCAUGUGGAGACAGUAGAGCACAAAAUCUGCAGUCAACCUUCGUAUCUUCCCAACACCUGAUGGCAAAAUGGACGACUUGACUCUGAUCUCUAUCUGUAUGGUCUGCAUCGCAUUACUACUGAUAGGCCUAUUCAAAUUCUGUAAACCCCUGCAUCGAACCUGUCAGAAUCCAGAAGAAAGCCCAACAGAAAUAGCAGUAAUCAGCGAUCCUCUCUUAAAUCCUCCUGAAUCUGAGACUCUUAAUGGAGAGACAAGAGAGAAACCUUCAUCAACAUCUGCUGAGUCUGAUGACAAGCCAAAGGAUGGAACAGAUGGUGAAGAGACAAGCUGCAUAAAUACUCAACACAACUGUGAUGAUAAAGUUUCUGCUCUACCAAUGGAGGGACCCAGCACUGAAGAUAAAUCUGAGGCUCCUAAUGGUGAGAGAGGAGAGAAACCUGCAUCAACAUCUGCUGAGUCUGAUGUUAACAAUCCAAAUGCUGCUACAGAUGAUAAAGAGGCUGUUCCUCCCAUGACAAUACAAGUCUCAGAGGUCAGCAAUGAGUCGCUUUCUCUCCAGUGGGAAAAACCCUCUGGAGAAGUGGAGUCUUUCAUUGUUACCUGCUGCAGUGAUGGUGAACUUGUGCAAGAGUUAAAAACAGAGACAAACAGUGUGACGUUCAACAGCCUGAGGCCUGGGGUUAGUUACUCCCUCCAUGUUUCAACACAACUAAGGAAUGGAACAAUCAGCAAGUCAGCUAUAAUAUCAGCCAAAACAAAAACAAAGUUGGAGAGCCUGCUGGUGGAUUUAGGCUUGGAGAAUUACAUGGGAAAAAAGCUUUCACUCAGCAAGAUACUUCAAAUUGAAGGAAAGACCAUCACUGAUCAUCUUGUUGAGUGUAAAUCAGAACUUCCAUGGUACUUUCUAAAAAAACUGAUGAUGGUUAAUGUGACUUCAAGGAAUGUAAAAUGUACCUCUGAAAGCAAAUCUGUUUGUCAUGAUGCAAGUGAUACGUUGAGACUAGAUCUUUCAGACCUUGUCAGCACAACAAAUGCAAGUGAAAUAUUCAAUCCUCUUGAUAUAAUCACUGCUCUCUUCCUGUGUUCUGAUGGGUUUGUUCAUCAAGAACUGGCUCUAAAAAUGUCCAUGUGUCAGUUCUCUGUUCCUCUGCUGCUUCCUAACUGUGAUACACAGCAGUGCACCCUCAUGCUGUGGGCCAUGAGAGACAUUGUUAAGAAGUACAGACCUCCAGCUCUUGCAGAAUCAAAAGGCUUCAUAGAAGAGAGAAUAGUUCUUUCUGAACUUCCAAUGAUCUCAUUUGUGAGACUGGGUGAGUGCUCUCUGUCCAAAUCAGAGAUCCUCAAUAAACUUUUGAGUAACUCUGAGCAAUACCAUGACACCUUUGUUCACCAUGACAUGGAGUGUGGAGACAUUCAGAGAAGAAUAUCCAAUGGACUGACUGAAAUGACCUGGUACCUUCCCUGUGGAAACAAAAACAUGGACAUCUUCAGUGAACCAGUCGCUAUAGCUAACCUUCGUGGAGACAUUGCUUCAUUUGAAACUCAAUUCUCCUUUUUAUGUCAGACAUCUGCUGCAGUUUUUGUUUUCUUUGAUGACCCUACAUUGGGAUUCAGGCUACUUACACAACAAAACUGCAAGGCACAAAUAUUCCUGGUUGGUAAUCAUCAGAGUAAAACAUUUAGUCUAAAUGCUUUGGAAAAAGUAGCCACUGAGUUAUGUUUGACUAACAGCAACAUUAUUUUGAAGACUAGGUCCAUGAAUGAUGCAGAUUUUGUCAAAAGUCUGAGGAAGACAAUCCGUUGUGUGGUUGAGAGCUCCAACAAAAAAAAUACGCUUGAGCAGAUGGCUGAUGUUGCCCAUGAGCUAGGAAUCAUGGUUGACGAAUACUCUUCUGAAUGCCAGGCUGGAAAACAAAAUGCAGAUGCCAUCAUUGCAGAAAUUCAAGACACUCUUCAAUACAAGGAAGAUCAGCUUCCCCUUCAAGGCCAAAUAUGGAAGGAACUGACAAGUGUAGAGAAGGAAGAAUUUCGCCUUCAAAAGGUUGGGUCACAAAACAUUGAAAAUUACAAAAGUGAUCUCCAGGUGCAAAUAAAAGAACUUCGGAAAAAGCAGAAUUCGUAUGAUAUGUCCAAAGCAAUGACAUGCUUUAUCAAUGCAAUAUCCAGCCAGGAAACAGAGAGGCGCUACUUCCUGAAAUGGCUAAGAAUGAACCUCGACAACCUGUCACGUAUAAAGCUUUCUGACCUUAGGGACCUUUACAAGGAAAAAUGCAAAGAUUCUGAAAACAAACAGGAGAUCAAAGAAAUUGACGAACAACUUUCCAGCAGCUCACUGGGAGUUGAGCACUUCUUCCGUGAAAUGGGUCAGAUCUACGAAGCUUCUCUUUACCUUCCAGAAACAGAUCCAUCACGUCAACAACUGCAACAUCUGCCCAAACUCUGUGCUCAGUUGUUGCUGGAUGGAUUUCCUCUUGAGCUUGUAGAUGGAGAUGCUUCCAACAUUCCUCUCAGAUGGGUGAGUGAUGUUCUCUCUCAGCUCAAUGACUUGGUGUCUCCAAAGAACAAGAUCCUGGUCGUCACAGUUCUUGGAGUUCAGAGCACAGGGAAGUCCACUCUCCUUAACACCAUGUUUGGAGUUCAGUUUGCAGUCAGCAGUGGUCGAUGCACUAGAGGUGCCUUCAUGCUGCUCAUCAAAGUCAAUGAAGACUUCAAGAAAGUUCUCAACUGUGACUUCAUGAUGAUCAUUGACACUGAAGGCUUAAAGUCACCAGAGCUAGCACAGCUGGACAACAGCUAUGAACAUGACAAUGAGCUGGCAACACUUGUUGUUGGUCUGAGUGACAUCACCAUUAUCAAUAUUGCAAUGGAGAAUUCAACAGAGAUGAAAGACAUCCUGCAGAUAGUGGUGCAUGCUUUCCUCAGGAUGAAGGAGGUCGGCAAAAAGCAUCAAUGUCAGUUUGUUCACCAGAACGUUUCUGAUGUUUCAGCUCAUGAGAAGAACCUGAGAGACAGGAAGCUGCUGUUAGAACAGCUGAAUGAGAUGACCCAGGCAGCAGCUAGAAUGGAGAAAAGAGAAGAGAACAAGAACUUCACUGAUGUGAUGGAGUAUAAUCCAGACACUGGGAACUGCUACAUUCCUGGACUCUGGAAUGGAAACCCACCAAUGGCUCCAGUCAAUGCAGGAUACAGUGAGACUGUCUAUGAACUCAAGAAAAACCUCAUCCAACAGCUGGGAAAGUGUGGGUCAACUUCUAAUAACAUCUUGGAGUUCAGAGAGUGGAUAACCAGCCUGUGGAACGCAGUAAAACAUGAAAACUUCAUCUUCAGCUUCAGAAACAGCCUGGUGGCUGAUGCUUACAUGAGGCUCUGCACAGAGUACAACCAAUGGGAGUGGGAGUUCAAAAAGGAAAUGUACACCUGGGUUAUCAAAGCAGAGACAAGAAUUUCCAAUUUUGGUACAGUGGCUGCAACGUCUGAAUUAUCUGAUGUAGGGGAAUUCAUAGUUCAGCUGAAAAGUGAGGCAAUUAUGGAGCUGUCUAAAUGGGAAGCAGCUCUGCUAGUCAAUCUGAGUCAGUAUUUCAAGAAAACAGAAGGUCAUGUUUAUCUGGUUGAAGGAUACAGAGAGGAAUUUUCAAACAGUGUAAAGUGCCUUCGACGAGAAAUUGAAAACUCAGUGUUUAACCAGCUAACAGCAGCAGCUGACAUCAAGCAAGGGAUGAAAGAACUCAUUAAAAUCAAGGAAAAUCAUACAAAAGAAAUUGAAAAAGCAGUGUGCUUAUUAAUUGAUAAGUGUCAAAAUUCAAAACUUCAUAUGGCAGACAAGGAGUUGGACAUAGAAUUUGAUAAGAUGUGGACUAAAACACUACAGAAGCUGUCCUUUUCUGAACAGAAGAACACAGAUGUCUUUACCAGCGUUUCACUUUGUCUCAGAGUAAACAUGUCCCAAAGGGGAAGUCAUGCAUCGCAAUUACUAAAUCAAAAGAAUCUGAAAAAAUGUGGUUUGGAACCCUUUAAAUACACUGCUGACAGAAGCUGGGGAAAAAUUAAACAUGCAUUUAGUAAAUUUUUUAACAUUGAAGACCAUGUGAUGGCUGUACAGAAAAUGUCUGACAACAUUAUAGAGACUUGCUCUCAAUUUGUUACUGAAAAAACUGAAAGAAAUAACAAAUACCAUGACACUUACAUUCAAGAGAUUCUACAUAUUAUUGAUAAAAGUCUUCAGAGCAACAAAGAAAUACAAACUACUAUUGAGUUUGAGGUGUCUCUGAAACAACACAUCUGUGGAUUUGCAGCCACAGAGUUUCAGGUAAUGCAUGAAAAUUUCAUCCAAGAAAAUGACCCCUACAUAUGUCUGAAGAAAACUAAGGAAAAGUUUCGAGCAGAUUUCAAAGACAUCUUCCAUGAACGAGACCAAUGCCAAAAGAAAGCUGAAGAAUUCACCAACCAGUGUCUGAAACCUGCCGUGGAAGACUUUGUCUACAGAAAGAUGGGUCCUGAUAUCGUUGAUGAAAUGCUGACAAGAGAAGAGUUUAGCACACGAAUGUCCUUCCAAUAUUCAACUUUACAAGAUUUGCUUUUAAACAAAAACAUUGCUGACUUCCUGAGCUACAAUCGCUCUUAUGAAAUGUAUGUUAAGAAAAGAAUACUUCAACAGAUAACAACACAGUUUUCCAGCUGCUCUGCAACACAGAAGAUUGAGGAAAGACACCUGAAGUCCAGUGUCACCAGCAUCCUUGAUGCCAUCAAUACUGCAAAAUCAAAAAACAGCAGAGACCUCAAAACAUUUGUUGAAGAUCUCUGCAAAGAACUUGGUGAUAAACUGGUAAUUUCCCAGGAUGCUCUUGGUGCCUUCAUGGUCCUGAACAAUGCUGACCAGGAACAGUUUGCUCACUGGCUCUCAUUAUCUGUUAUGGGAAUGGGAGAAUGUCUUCAAGAGGAGUUGAAAGAAAUACCAUUUGAUCAAAAACUGAAAAAACUCAAUUUGAAACCCCAAAAUGAGCUUUUUGCCAGAGUGAUUGGUUGUGGCCAACAAUGUCCAUUCUGUGCAGUACCAUGUGAAGCAGGAGGAAAAGCCCACACUGAACACUUUGCAUCACUGCACCGACCACAAGGUUUUGGUCAGUGGAGAUGA